CGAGGCAUAUACCAACCCAUCUUUUCAACCUUAGAUAUAUGCCGAUCGAGUUAAUUUGAGAAUCACAAGAAUAUAAUGCAACUGAUGAAGGUGGUAGCCUUAACCUUGUUGGUGUUGUGGUCACGGUGGAGCUUUGAGGGUGCAGUUGGAGACCCUCAACUCUUUUUACUCAAAUGGGAGUGCACCGUAGUCAAGGUACGCGAUUUGUCCAACUUCCACCAAAAUCUAAAUGCAAGUUUGGCAGAUCUUAGAGUGCAGGUGAGCAACCAAAGCAAGCACUUCGCCACGGCGCAAUCAACCACCGGAACAGACCCUGUCUUUGCCAUGUUCCAAUGUAGGAACUACCUUUCCAACACUGACUGCACCAACUGUUUUGCUGCUGCUGCCGCCAGAAUACGUAACUGUUCCACUGGAAAUACUGCCCGCGUCGUUUAUGACGGUUGCUUCCUCAGGUACGGCAACAAUGAGUUCUUGGACCGCAGUCUCAUUAUUUCUAGCAGCGACACGCUUUGUGGAAAUCAGACUGUAGAUGAAAGCACUGCUUUUGGUACAGUUGGACGUCAAGUGCUGAUGGAUUUACAAAAAGCGACACCCAAAAUUAGUGGCUACUUUGCAGCUACCAAGACACAAGUGGCUGGUGGUGCAAUCUAUGCCAUUGCACAAUGUGCUGAAACUCUCACACAACUCACUUGCUUGGAUUGUUUGUCAAUUGAACAAAGUGGCAUACAAGAUUGUCUUCCAAAUACAAAUGGUCGGGGAGUCGAUCCUCAAGUGUGCUUUAUGAGAUACUCGGAGACACCUUUCUUUGCAGAUAACCAAACCAUUGAUAUCAGUCCCUUCUUAAAACAAGGAGGAGGAGGUUCAAUUAAGAAGUGGGUUGUUAUUGGUGGUGGUCUUGCAGGUGCACUCCUUGUUGUGAUCCUUAUUUCAUUAUUUUGGUGGCAUAGAAGAUCCCAAAGUCCAAAGAGAGUUUCUAGAAGUACCAUAAUGGGAGCAACUGAGCUGAAAGGUCCAACCAGGUACAAGUAUAAUGACUUGAAAGCUGCAACGAAAAAAUUUAGUGAGAAAAAUAAACUUGGAGAAGGAGGCUUUGGUGCUGUAUACAAGGGGACUAUGAAAAAUGGGAAAGUUGUUGCAGUCAAAAAAUUAAUUUCAGGAAAUUCCAGCAACAUAGAUGAUGAAUUUGAAAGUGAAGUAAUGCUUAUAAGUAAUGUUCAUCAUAGAAAUCUUGUUCGGCUCCUUGGUUGUUGCAGUAAAGGCCAAGAAAGAAUCCUUGUUUAUGAAUACAUGGCAAACGCCAGCCUAGACAAAUUCUUAUUUGGAAAAAGAAAAGGCUCCCUCAACUGGAAACAACGCUAUGAUAUAAUUUUGGGAACAGCAAGGGGAUUGGCCUAUCUACAUGAGGAAUUUCAUGUUUCUAUCAUACAUAGAGAUAUUAAGAGUGGCAAUAUCCUCUUGGAUGAAGAACUUCAACCCAAAAUAUCUGAUUUUGGGUUGGUGAAGCUCCUACCAGGGGACCAAUCUCAUCUUAGCACAAGAUUUGCUGGGACAUUGGGAUACACAGCACCUGAGUAUGCACUCCAUGGUCAAUUAUCAGAAAAGGCUGAUACAUACAGCUAUGGAAUUGUAGUCCUAGAAAUUAUAAGUGGUCAAAAGAGUAUUGAUGCCAAGGUUGUUGAUGAUGAUGAUGAGGAUGAAUACCUUCUUCGACAAGCGUGGAAGUUGUAUGAGAGAGGCAUGCACGUGGAGUUAGUAGACAAAAGCUUAGACUCUAAUAGCUAUGAUGCAGAAGAAGUGAAGAAAGUCAUAAGCAUUGCUUUGUUGUGCACUCAAGCAUCGGCUGCAAUGAGGCCAGCCAUGUCUGAAGUAGUAGUCCUACUCAGUAGUAAUGACUUACUUGAGCAUAUGAGACCUUCGAUGCCUAUCUUUAUUGAGUCAAAUUUAAGGCCCCACAGAGAUAUCUCUGCUUCGACUGGUUCCUCUACUACUUAUGCUACGGCCUCCAAUUCUAUAGUACCGGCUCGAUGAUUAAGUAUAUGAUGAAAAAGAAAAUUUUUGUUCAACUUAUUGUUAAAGAUGGUUAUAAUUAUUUGUAAAUCUUAAUUUAAAUAUCAAAUUACAUUGAUAUUCCAAAGGUUUUGUUGAUUAGUGCAAAUAUGGAGUGCUUGAGUAA